GCAACCGCUAACAAAUCCCUCACCUUUUCGCAACUUUCCCACCGCUGUUGCCAUAAAUCACAGCUUCACAAUUCAUAUUGCACUCAUUUCGCGUGUUCUUAUUUAUCGUUGAAAUUCGAAUUGAGCAUGUCUCGUAGGUCAUCGGUCAUGCCGUCGAAUACUGCUACGAAUAGCGGUGUCCCGCCCACCGGCGACGGAGGCCAGGAAAAGCAGAAGAUGCUUCUGUCUGCGGAAACAGGGCACUUCAGCAUGGUCAGGGCUUUGCAUCUUGCAGAUCUAGUAACUGAGCUUAAUGGGUUUUGUGGAGUUAUGUCUGUCCUCUCAUCUAUGCGUUACUGUCUAGGAGACCCCCAUGACUAUGGUGCUAUCUGGUCUGCGCUUGGAUUUAUGCCUUUCGGGCUUUUCUUUGAUUUUAUGGAUGGAAAGAUUGCAAGGUGGAGGAACAAGUCAUCGCUCAUGGGACAAGAGCUCGACUCUUUGGCAGAUUUGAUUUCCUUUGGUAUGGCACCGGCCGCGGCAGCCUUCGCUCUCGGAGUCCGCACAAAUGUCGACCACCUCCUCCUAGCUUUUUUCGUCCUUUGUGGCCUGACACGGUUAGCCCGGUUCAACGUGACAGUUGCCGUACUUCCCAAGGACAAGACUGGAAAGUCGAAAUAUUUCGAGGGCACGCCGAUUCCGACAACACUAUCCAUUGCGUCACUCAUGGCUUACUGGGUUUCUCAGGGAUGGAUUCAAGAAGACCUACCGCUGGGCGUUAUUGCGCAGGGCACGGCUUUUGAAUUUCACCCUGUGGCGUUGUUGUUUGUUCUGCAUGGCUGUCUGAUGGUCAGCAAGUCUAUACAUAUCCCCAAACCCUGAACACCAAAAGCUUUGUACCGACAAGUGAAAAGACAUUCCGGUAUUGGAAUCUUUACUUGAUAGAAAAGUGUUGAUGAGACUUUAACAUAUAUAUGUAACUAAGCUAGAACGAAAGCGGUCACGAAGCAUUUCCUGAAGAUAAUGCUGUUUUGACGAAGAAAAUUUGGAUUGCGAAGAGCUACGGAUAGUCUUACUGGCCUGGCCAUUUUGUUUGCUAGGCUGACCUUCGUAAAUCCAGUCUAUGAUUCACUGCUUGGUAAAGUAGGCAUAAGAUUUACGGACCGAAUGCACAAGUCUUUCGCUGAGAGCUGAACACAGCACAAUGUAUGUCAUGAAUAAACCGAUUCACGUACGGUAGCGUCCCUUAUUUUACAGGGAAUAGCAACUUCAAGCCUAUGUUCAAAUAACAUAUCUUUUCGAUAUAGGAUCACUCCAAACCUUCUACUCUACCUCCAUACUUGUGUUUCGAGAAAAGCCACUAUACGCGUGUCCAGGCAAUGUGUACUAGUUCCAGACAUACCCUUACUGUAUGCAGGGAGCUCAGCAUACGCUGUCCUUGAGUCACAC